AUGCCAGCCGUCGUUGUCGCUGACCCCAAGACGCCUCGCCGCUCUUCGAUCACCUCGAGCACCUAUUAUGCGCGCGACUCCCCCAAACUGUCAAAGUUAGAGACUUACGGAAGCAGGCCGACCCCCACACGUUCCAGGUCAAAAACCUACGUGUCUUCACCUGUAGUUGCGUCUCCAACGACCCUCUUCACCCCCACGUCGACAGUUCCCUCUACGCCAGCAAAAUCAUCCACGCUCGUCGACCGAUUUAUCCAGAACGUUAAAGAGCUGGAAAGCUACAAAAAUGGAAGGACAGUCCUCGUUGACGGUCAAACGCUGUCGAUCGCAGGGGUUGCAGCAACGGCGCGCCAUCACGCAUCAGCUGUUCUAGACGAAUCGCCUCAUACGAGAGCAAGACUCGUCAAGAGCAGAAAGGUGGUGACAGACAAGGUAGAUAAUGGCAUCAGCGUGUACGGUGUCUCCACUGGCUUUGGAGGAAGUGCCCACACCCGGACAGACAAGCCUAUCCUCUUGGGCAAUGCUCUCCUUCAACUGCUCCACAGCGGAGUCACCCCCACCUCCACGAAUAAGCUUGAUGCACUCCCGCUGUUAGAUCCGCUGUCACACAACACCAUGCCCGAAUCAUGGGUUCGUGGUGCUAUCUUGAUUCGUAUGAACUCCCUGAUUCGCGGCCACUCUGGCGUUCGAUGGGAGCUCAUCGAAAAGAUGAACGAACUGCUCCAGAAGGACAUCAUCCCGGUCGUGCCAUUGAGAGGAAGCAUUUCUGCCUCUGGUGAUCUAUCCCCGCUUUCCUAUAUCGCUGGCACUCUGAUCGGCAACCCUACCAUUAAAGUUUUCGAUGGUCCAACGGGAUUUGGUCCCCGCCAAAUUGUCCCAGCUUCUAGAGCUUUGGAGGCGCACGGUGUUACUCCCUUGCCACUUGCCUCCAAGGAGCACCUCGGAAUCCUCAAUGGGACGGCCUUCUCUGCCUCGGUUGCUGCCUUAGCCUUGAACGACGCUGUUCAUUUGGCCCUCCUGGCCCAGGUUUGCACUGCCAUGGGGACGGAAGCUCUGAAUGGAACUCGUCUCUCGUUUGAUUCAUUUAUCAACAAGACCGCACGCCCUCACCCCGGUCAGAUCGAGACUGGCAAAAACAUUUGGGAUCUUCUCGAAGGUAGCAAAUUUGCUGUGACGACUGAGGAAGAAGUUACCAUCCUUGAAGAUAAAGGGGUCCUUCGUCAGGACAGAUAUCCUUUGCGAACGGCUGCCCAGUUCAUUGGGCCUCAAGUUGAGGAUCUGAUCCAGUCAUUGGAUACUAUUACUAUUGAGUGUAACUCAACAACCGACAAUCCGUUGAUCGACGGUGAAACCGGUACUGUCCAUCACGGAGGUAACUUCCAAGCAAUGGCCGUGACCAACGCCAUGGAGAAGUCUCGUUUGAGUCUUCACCACCUUGGAAAGCUACUCUUUUCCCAAUGCGCGGAGCUCAUGGAUCCAAACAUGAACCGCGGCCUGCCACCUUCGCUUGCCGCUACCGACCCAUCCCUCGACUACCAUUGCAAGGGACUCGACAUUGCCACAGCGGCCUAUGUUGCUGAGCUUGGUUAUCUUGCAAGCCCUGUUUCCACCCACAUCCAAUCUGCUGAGAUGCACAACCAGGCUGUCAAUUCCAUGGCCCUCGUUUCAGCUCGUGCCACGAUUAACGCUCUGGAAGUCCUCACCAUCCUCACCGCCUCGUAUCUCUAUGCUCUCUGUCAAGCUCUCGACCUCCGUGCCUUGCAGCACGAGUUUAGGGAAGGGAUGGUGAAGAUCGUUUCCGAAGAAGCCACUUCGUAUUUCGGCUCUUCCUUGACUGAGCAUGAUCUAGCCAAAUUGAAGGACAGGCUCUCUUCAGCAAUGCAGGAGACUUUCGAGACCACGAGCACUAUGGACAAUGUGGAGCGCAUGAUCAAGAUUGGCGACUCGACGACUCAACCACUCUUCGAUUUCCUCUGCCAUCGGGACGUCUCUAUAUCAAACCCCGGGGAUAUCCCACCCUCAGUCGCUUCCAUCUCGAAAUUCCGUAGCAAGGUCACUCCACGACUGACUGCGCUGAUGGAGCAGCUUCGAAAGGAAUUCCUGACCGGCGUUCGUGGCCCGGCACCUGCAAGUCCAUACCUCAACAAGACACGACCGGUAUACGAGUUUGUGCGAGUUACCCUUGGCAUCAAGAUGCACGGGAGAGAAAACCUAACGCUCUUUGCGAAUGGCCUUGGGGUUGAUGAUGUUACCGUAGGCGAAAAAGUGUCAAUCAUCAAUGAGGUGCAUUUUCCCCUGUUUCAUGUCCCCUGAUAACGAUCUAACGAACCUGGUUAUUCAUAGGCUAUCAGGGAUGGCAAAAUGCAAACCAUCGUCGCAAAUCUUUUCUCUUAGAUUCGCAUUGAGGUACACAACCAAGUCCUACCUUAGAGCCAAGCAUAAUCGCAAUUUAAUCCACAUGUAGCAUAGCACCACUGAAGCUCCGUUUCAUUUUACACAUAACCAUAUUUAACUAUAUAUUCUUGCAAAUAUAUUGUACCAGUAAUAGUCGAGGGCUAAUCAUAGCUUUUCGAUUGCCUU